GACCUGAAAUUGGAGCACAUAGAAGCCAAAUGAAUUUUAGGUUGAGCACACAAAAGAAAGAGAUGGUGAUGAAAGUGACGGUGUAGUGGCGAUAGGUGGCGAAAACGAAGCUAGACGGCGUUGUGAUUAAGGUGGUAGACGACGAAGCUAGACGGUGGUGAAGGUCGGCGACGGGUGUGAACGAGGGGAGAGAACUCGGGCGUGUAAGAGAGAGAGAGAGAGAACGGUGAUGGAGAUGUGAUGCCGGCGGCUGUGGCCGUGGUGAACUCAGGCGAGGCUGCCGGCGGCCAUGGUGAACAGACAAGAGAGAGGACACCAUGAAAGAGAUGGUCAAUUGGAAAAAUAAAUAAAUAAUAUGGGUAGGAAACAGAAGAAGAUUGCGCUCCGCCGUGCUGCUGCCGCUGCUGCCGAUGCUGCUGCCCUGGCGGCAGACGCUGACCCAGCCCCUGCGGCUGUUGUUGCUGCUGGACCGAGUGUUUUGCCAGGCAUUCUUCAAGGGGACAAGUCAGACUCUCUCUUGUAUGGCUCUGUUGACAAUGGAAAGAAAAUUAGCUGGAAUGAAGAUUUUCAUGCUAAGGUGUCAGAGGCUGCCAAACGUCUUCAUCUGAAGGAACAUUCAGUCCUUGAUGGAUCUGGAAAUGUUUUCAAAUUAGCUGCACCAGUGGAAUGCAAGGGGAUUGUUGGUGGUGAUGACCGGCAUUAUCUUCUUGAUUUGUUGAGGGUAACUCCUCGUGAUGCCAACUAUAGUGGACCUGGUUCUCGAUUUUGUAUCUUGAGACCAGAAUUAAUUAAUGCCUUUUGCCAGGUCCAAGCAACUGAGGCAUCAAAGCCUAAGGAAAUCAUUUCUCAAGGGGCAGAAAACUUGUCCACUGAUUCUCAAAAUGCCACUGAUGCAGACAAGCCAGAUUUAGCAAAGGAAGAAAAAACUGAGGAUGUCAAAGAACUUGCAUCUGCAGCUAAUGAAGCUACUUGUAAGGAGGAUAUUGUUUUCAAUCCUAAUGUCUUCACUGAAUUCAAACUGGCUGGGAGUCCAGAGGAAAUAGCAGCUGAUGAAGAUAACGUGAGAAAAGUUAGCCAAUAUCUUACUGAUGUUGUACUUCCGAAGUUUGUACAAGACCUAUGCACACUAGAAGUUUCACCUAUGGAUGGCCAGACAUUAACAGAAGCACUUCACGCUCAUGGAAUUAAUGUUCGCUAUAUUGGCAAGGUGGCUGGGGGGACUAAACAUCUACCUCAUCUGUGGGAUCUUUGUAAUAAUGAGAUUGUUGUCAGAUCAGCAAAGCAUGUUAUCAAGGACUUGUUGAGAGACACAGAGGAUCAUGAUCUUGCAGCGGCAAUAUCUCAUUUCUUGAACUGCCUAUUUGGAAGUUGUCAAGCUUUUGGUGGAAAAUUAAUUACUAAUCUCACACAGUCCAAAACUCAUAAAAAGGAACAUGCAGGGCAUCGGUCUCCAGGAAAGAAUUCGAAGGGACAUGUGCGAUGGAAUGGCAGGGCAUCUUUAAGAAAGACUCAACCUUCAUAUAUGAAUAUGAGCUCUGACACUCUUUGGUCUGAGAUUCAAGAAUUUGCGACGGUCAAAUAUGAGGUAUCAACUAUUGCGUAACUUGAACAUAUGAUAUUAACGGGGACACCGAUAGAACCCACCCAGAAGAGAACGAAACUUGUAUAGAACAACACAAAAUUGCAAUCUUUUAUUUAAGAAAGCUUCGCCUGAUAAAUUUGACCUAGGAAAUUUUUGAUCAGUUGUAAAAACAUAUGUAGUAUCUACCAAUAUUUGACUUGUAUCGCAGAGAUAAGCCAUAUCUGUUUAAAAAUAAAAGAACAAAUUAAAAUUAAAAAAACUAAUAUUAACAUACCGGUACACUUUUUUUUUAUACUGGAAAACUUUUUGCGUAGUUACAUACUGGUACCCUUAUGUACGUUCCGGAACACUUUAACUUAGGGGUGGGCACGGGUCGGGUGCGGUCGGGUUCGGUUGAAAAAAUGCUCAUCUGAUUGAAAACCGAAGACAGAAAAUCUUGACUCACUUCCGCCCAUUUGAAGCAUCGGGUAGAUCGGGUGGCGGGUUUAACGGUGACGGUUUUCAAUGGACGGGUUGAUCGGUUGGUCUAAGUUUACUACUAUAUCUAUGUCAUGAGAGAACAAUAGAUGGAGAAGGAAGCUUCUAACGGUGGUCGUCGGCGCUUUGCAGGAGAAGGAGUAAAUUGUAAAUCACCUAUAAUGGUGGAGCACAACAGAGGCACAAGAAGAAGUUUGCAAUGGAUUUGAUUUAAGAAAAAGAGAUGACGUUCAUGGAGGUGAUUUAGUAUGAUGGAGAAGAUGACUAGUUCUGAUUUGUUGAGACUUGAGAACAAUAUUGUAGUAAUUGUAAUUAAAUAAAUAAAAUUCAACUUCCAAUACAUAGUGUGUGAGUGUGAUGAUAAACCUGUUGGAAUUGACCAUGGUCAGAAUAUUUUGCAUAAAGUAGUGAGAAAACAUUUAUUGACAUGUGUA